AAUCGAUCCAUCACAUUUCGCGAUUUCAAAUCGCCAAACAUCUUUUGUAUCGGAAAUGGGGGCUGAGUUGAAAUUGAAAUGAUCAUCGAAGCAACCUAUGAGUUUUCUUGUUCAACUGUGGAAUCUUGUCGGCGACGAAAGCUAGGCUUUUCCUUCCAGCGUAAUGUUAAUUUUGACAAUGGGACGAUGUGUCGGCCCCACUAGAUGCUCUCGAUCAAUGGCUUCUGAUGGGCGGAAGCGGAUACCAAUUCAUGUGAUUGCUCAAUUUCUGUUUGUAUCCGCUCUGAUUCUGUGUCCAUAUAAAAUUCCAAAACUCUUCUGUAGUCGCACCAUGAUUCAAAAUGUACUCACCCAAUCCCUUCAAAUUCAUCGUUCUUUUACUUCUGUUCUGUGGAUUAGCAGCUGGAAUCAAAAGGGUUUCUGCAUUGGAACCUGGGUCUGUCGAUGGUAUCUGUAAAUCUUUAGUUGAGCCUCACGACUAUGCUUGUGAAGAACAUUUGGUGAUUACAAGUGAUGGGUUUAUUCUCAGCAUGCAGAGGAUUCCAUCAGGGCGGACGAAUUCAGCCAAUGGGCCUCCAGUUCUGCUACAGCACGGGCUUCUAAUGGAUGCGGUGACAUGGUUGAUGCUUCCUCCAGAAAGUUCUCUGGCAUUUCUUUUGGCAGAUAAAGGGUUUGAUGUGUGGCUUGCAAACACUCGUGGAACUAAAUUUAGUCAAGGACACACGUCACUUGGUCCUGAUGAUCCUGGAUUCUGGGACUGGUCAUGGGAUGAAUUGGUGGCUUUUGAUCUGCCUGCCACACUCCAAUAUGUUCAUGAUCAUACUGGGCAGAAGAUGCACUAUGUUGGACACUCAUUGGGAACACUGAUUGCCCUUGCAGCAUUUUCCAAACACCAAUUGCUAGACAUGUUACGAUCAGCUGCUUUAAUUAGCCCAAUUGCCCAUUUGGGUAAAGUAACCUCGCCAAUUGCAAGAAAUGCUGCAGAUAACUUUCUUGGUGAGGUUUUGUUCUGGUUGGGUGUCAAAGAGUUUGAUCCAAGAGGGAAGGCUGGAAUUCAACUUCUCGUUGAAGUCUGUGCAAAACCAGGUGUUGAUUGUGUCAAUUUAUUGACUUCUUUCACAGGCCAGAACUGCUGUCUCAAUCCCUCUGUCUCACAAAUUUUCCUAACCCAUGAGCCUCAACCAACGGCAACAAAGAACAUGAUUCAUCUGUCUCAGAUGAUCAGAAGCGGAACCAUAACAAUGUACGACUACGUUGACAUAAUUCAAAACAUGAAACACUAUGGGCAACCAACUCCUCCAGAGUACAAUAUGGCAAGCAUUCCUAAUGACUUUCCUCUCUUUCUUAGCUAUGGAGGGGCUGAUGCCUUGUCCGAUGUCAAUGAUGUUCAACUUUUGUUGGAUAACCUCAAAGAUCACGACGGAGAUAAGCUUGUAGUUCAGUUUAGAGAAGACUAUGCUCAUGCUGAUUUUGUCAUGGGCGAAAAUGCUAAGCAAGUCGUGUAUGAUCCUCUAAUCGCUUUCUUUAAGCUUCAAUGAAGAUAUUAAUGUUAUGUGAAUAUCAUGUCUAUACUCAAUUAUGUAAGUGCAUUUAAUCGUUGGUGUCAUGAACUUGUAGAACGAUGACUGAUAUUGCAAUGGUCGACAGAUGAUACGGGUGGUUUUUACAUUGUAACUUCUAAUGUAACCAUAGAAAGAAUGAUGGAAAAGGAGAAAAUAAACUCUUGUACCAAGAUUUUGUGAUUGGAUUAUUGCUGUUAAUGUUAGCUUUCAUUCAUCCA